AUGUUUACAUUUCAGUCAUCUGGACGUUGUUGAAAUGGCAAACAUAAAGCAGGACAAAGGCUUGAAAAAGAAGAAAAAGAAGGUGAAGAGACGCGACAAAGUUGGCAUAAAGGUCACACCGUCUGAAGAGGAUAAGUCCCCGCCAUCUCCACCGAAAGCGGAACAUUUAGAAAUCAAUGUUUCCAGGAAACGUACAGCUUCAGGUACCUUUUUCAAUUUGCCCUAGAUGUAUGCUUUGCUUUUUCAUGCUUAUCAGCACUCGUUAUCAUCAGCCCUCAUCAUUUAUGAGUUCACCACUUGGGCUGUGCAGGUUAACGCGUGCAACACAUCACCCAGUAAUUGUUAGUGGCUGCUUUCAUGGUCCACCAGCCGGGGGCGGUGCUUGCCCUUCGUUUACAGCUAAAUCUCGGACGAUACCGUCGGUCGAGUAGUCCGCCGGCGUGCCAGCCAAGGUAGUGCUAGGGGAGGAGGAGGGAGGCAGACGGUUGGUCGACGCGGUCGCAACGCGCCCAAGCUCCUUCGAAGGGCUGAAAACAAGGAGAAACAAGAUCAAAUGCCAAACAACCAGGGGGUAAUGCAAAUGGUUUUUGGUCUUGUCUUUCCUUGUUUUCAGCCCUUCGAAAGGGCUUGGGCGCGACGCGACUGCUUCGACCGACCGUCUGCCUCCCCUCCCCCCUAGCACUGCCUCGGCUGUGGUGUAGUGCGUUAAGAACGAAAUGGUCGCGUCGCGGUGAGAGGGGCGUCGCGCGCAAAGGAAUGUAGCAUGAUGCAGCAGUNGGUAAGAAAUACAAGACUAAAGGUACUAAUAGUAGAAUUAUGCAUAAAAUAAUGAUCGCAUAUCGAUUGAGCUGUAUGAAGAACGCUAGAGCUGUAAUAACGGCGAAUGAGUGGUCCGUGACAGCCGCGUGCGUCAAGUCGAUUACCCAAAAUCGUUGCUGA